AAGCAGCAGGACCUUUGCGUUUGUGUUUUGUUUUCCAGCCGAUAUUAUUUACUGACGGACAGGCAGUUGGUUUAUCAAAGAAAAUAAAAUCCCAAGCAAACAAAAAAAAAUGCAUUUUUUAUGCUGGUUUUAGGAAUUUGCCAUAUUUAAGUCUUGUGUACGCCUAGUUCGGGCUUUUUUAAUAAUGGAGAAGAGUCAUCAGAACUUUUGCAGUCAGGGAUGUAGUGAACCAUCCAACCUUGUUUCAGAAGAUGGAAAAAAUACGAAAUCAGUCGUGUGCCAGCUUUGUGGAUCAAAAGUGCUCUGCCCGGGCAUGGCUGUGUUUGCCGAAAAGCGGGUUUUUCUGCCUUCAUUGAAAAAGAACAUUAAUCAGUCCGAUGGAACACUCGACGGAGAUACUUUAACAGCUCACUGGCUGGUGGAUGAUAUGUACACCUUCGAGAAUGUUGGCUUCACCAAAGAUGUAGGCAAAAUAAAAUAUCUUAUUUGUGCGGAUUGUGAGAUUGGACCCAUUGGAUGGCAUAACCUUGAUGACAAGAAAUGUUUCUACAUAGCACUGGAUCGAGUUAAACAUGUGUAAUGUGCUUAAGCAUGUUUUGUACCAGAUCAUAUUAUACUUUUUUUUGGCGUGGUUUUAAACAUGCCCCCUUAAUCAGUACACUGGGAGUAGUGUUUGAUACUAUCAAAUGUUUUGUUUUGCAAUAUUUAGAUGCAUUUAGUUUUCAUAUUUAAUAAAGUGUUUUAUUCACUUAAGUUUGCCUGAUUAACACCCUGUUUUUAAUUCAUUAAGGACUCGUAUUUCUAAUGCUGAUGUACAUAAAUUCAGUAUUUUUAACAGCCAUGUUAUUAAAGGCUUUCGAACAGUGUUUCAGAUGAAA